GACUAACUGGGAACGUUAGGCUCAGAAACUGGAAAAAGCUGACCAAGGAGGCUUGGGUAGCAGCCACGUCACGGGUGCUGCGGAGCUGGGGAGGAGGGUCUCCAUCCUCCCCUCCCCCCAGCCCCGCCACCCUUCUGGAGGCCCAACGAGGGAAGGGGAAGGGGGUGGCACAGGGGAGGCCCUUCAAGCUCCAGUCCUGGCUCUUAAAGGGCCGGACUCCCCGCCCACCCGCCUGCCGCCAGAGCCCCUUGCAGGGCAACUCCAGGCACGCAGGGUCCUGCCUUGCUCGCUCGCUUACCUGGCGGGGCAAGUGGGAGGGAUGGGCUUGGGAGCGCCGCCAGGCCAGGAGUGGGCCUUGCGUCCUGCCGCCUCUGCCACCGCUGGAGACCCCUCCCGGUCCUCCCUCCCUCCUCCUGCCUGGCGGGCGGGUCCAGCUGUGUUCCAUUAGCGGCCCUGGCAAGUCCCCAGCCCCCUGGUGCCUCCCCCUCUUCCCCCACCCGGAGUGGCCGGCAGUCCCCGGCAGGCGAGCGGGCAUGCGAGCGGGGCAGCAUUCAGCCCCAAAAGCUCAGGACAGGGGAAACUGGGGACCCGAGGCCGGCCAGAAGUAAUCGAGGAGCUUCCAGCGGGUCUGAAGAACCCAGGCCCUGCUUCCCGCGGUUGGCUGCGUCGGGCUGCCUGGAUUACACAGUGAGGUGGCGGGGAUCCCCAGCCACGGUGCUGUGGCUGCGGCCGACUUCUCUGGACCAGGAUGUGGGCAUCUUGGGCUCCUGGCUUGUGGCUGCUCAGUCUCUGUGUUAUCUGCAGCCACGAGGCAGAUACAGGGGAGCGGUGCCCACCUUCACAGCAAGAAGGACUCAAGUUGGAACCCAGAAGCGACUUAUCGACCAACGUGACUGGCUUCAAUCUCAUCCGCCGACUCCGCCUCAUGAAGAUAUCUGCCGUUAAGAAGAUCCGAAACCCCAAGGGACCUCUCAUCCUGCGACUGGGAGCGGUCUCAGUCACCCAGCCCGUGCGACGUGUAUUCCCUCGGGGCCUCCCCAGUGAGUUUGCCCUGGUGCUGACACUACUGCUGAAGAAACACACCCACCAGAAUACGUGGUAUUUGUUUCAAGUGACCGAUGGAAAUGGGUACCCGCAGAUUUCCCUGGAAGUCAACAGCCAAGAGCGGAGCCUGGAGUUCCGGGCCCGGGGCCAAGAUGGCGACUUCGUGUCCUGCAUCUUCUCAGUGCCCCAGCUCUUUGACCUGCGUUGGCACAAGCUGGUGCUGAGCGUGGCUGAACGCGUAGCCUCUGUGCAUGUGGACUGCACAUCAGUCUCCUCCCGGCCUCUGGGGCCCUGGCGACCCAUGCAGCCUGUGGGCCAUGUUUUUCUGGGCUUAGAUGCUGAGCAGGGCAAACCUGUCUCGUUUGACCUUCAGCAGGCACACAUCUACUGUGACUCGGAUCUUGUGCUGGAGGAGGGCUGCUGUGAGAUUUUGCCGGGAGGGUGUCCCCCAGAGACCUCCAAGGCCCGCCGGGACACCCAGAGCAAUGAGCUCAUCGAGAUCAAUCCACAGACUGAGGGCAAGGUCUACACCCGCUGCUUCUGCCUGGAGGAGCCGCAAAACAGCAAGGUGGACGCCCAGCUGACGGGAAGAAUCAGCCAGGAGGCAGAGAGAGAAACAAAGGUCCACCAGGAGACAGCAGUGGAUGAGUGCCCACCCUGUGUCCAUGGUGCCCGGGAGAGCAACGUCACAAUUGGUCCCUCUGGCCCCCAGAGAGAGAAAGGUGAGCAGGGCCUGCCUGGUCCAUCAGGACCCAAGGGAGAGAAGGGAGCCCGGGGCAAUGACUGUGUUCGAAUCUCCCCGGACGCCCCGCUUCAGUGUGCAGAAGGCCGAAAGGGAGAGAAGGGGGAGUCGGGAGCCUUGGGACCCUCAGGACUCCCCGGCUCCACAGGCCAGAAGGGCCAGAAAGGCGACAAGGGAGACGGAGGCAUCAAGGGCUCGCCAGGAAAGCCAGGCCGAGAUGGCCGGCCAGGAGAGAUCUGUGUCAUGGGGCCCAAAGGGCAGAAGGGAGACCCUGGCUUUGUUGGGCCUGAGGGGCUGGCGGGAGAGCCUGGGCCCCCUGGCCUCCCUGGGCCCGCUGGGAUAGGACUUCCUGGGACCCCGGGGGACCCAGGUGGCCCUCCAGGCCCCAAGGGAGACAAGGGCAGCUCCGGAGUGCCGGGAAAGGAAGGUCCUGGUGGGAAACCUGGGAAGCCAGGGGUUCCAGGGCUGAAGGGAGAGAAGGGUGACCCCUGCGAAGUGUGCCCAGCGCUGCCUGAAGGGUUCCAGAACUUUGUGGGGCUCCCUGGAAAGCCAGGGCCCAAGGGAGAACCGGGUGUUCCUGCACCAGCCAGGCAGGGCCUGGGAGCUGGUGGACAAAAGGGUGAUCGGGGUGACCCUGGCAUCCAAGGCCUCAAAGGAGAAAAGGGGGAGUCCUGCUUGUCCUGUAGCUCAGCCGUAGCAGCCCAACAUUUUGGGCCCUCUGUAGGGCCCAAAGGAGAUGUGGGCCCUCCUGGCCUCGGUCUGCCUGGCCUUCCGGGGAAAGUUGGGGCUCCAGGGCCAACAGGGCUGAAAGGAGAGAAGGGUAAUUUCGGGGAGGCAGGGCCAGCUGGCGGUCUGGGGCCUCCAGGGCCAGUGGGACCCACAGGCGUCAAGGGGGAGAAGGGGGAGCCCUGUGAGUCAUGCAGCGCCCUGUCCAAGCACCAGGAAGGGGACAGCCACGUGCUGGCCUUGCCUGGGCCUCCCGGAAAGAAGGGGGAGCCUGGGCAUCCAGGCUUUGGCCUGCCAGGAAAACAGGGCAAAGCUGGAGAGCAUGGAUUGAAGGGACAGAAGGGCGAUGCUGGGAAUCCUGGAGAUCCUGGAACACCGGGCACCAUGGGGCGGCCGGGACUGUCGGGAGAGCCUGGGGUUCGGGGCCCUUCAGGGCCAAAAGGAGAAAAGGGUGAUGGCUGCACUGCCUGCCCCAGCCUGCAGGGGGCGUUGACCGACAGGGCAGGACCACCUGGGAAGCCAGGCCUGAAGGGAGAUCCGGGGCCGGAAGGCGUGGGCCGGCCUGGUAAACCGGGCCAGCCUGGUCUACCAGGAGUUCAAGGACCCCCAGGACUGAAGGGCAUACAGGGAGAGCCAGGGCCUCCAGGAGUGGGAGUCCAGGGGCCCCAGGGGGAGCCUGGAGCCCAGGGUUUGCCUGGCAUUCAGGGGCUUCUGGGACCUCGGGGGCCACGUGGCCCUGCUGGAGAGAAGGGUGCCAAGGGAUCUCCAGGGGUGAAAGGAGCCACUGGGCCUGUGGGACCUGCUGGUGCCAGUGUCUCUGGGCCUCCGGGGCCUGCUGGGCAGCAGGGACAGACUGGACUUCCAGGAGCCAGAGGGAUGCUGGGUGAAAAGGGAGCGCAGGGAGAAAAGGGUGAGCCAGGGGAGUGCUCCUGCCCCUCCCGAGGGGACCCCAUCUUCUCUGGCAUGCCGGGUGCUCCGGGACUUUGGAUGGGCAGCUCCUGGCAGCCGGGCCCGCAGGGUCCUCCGGGUGUUCCCGGACCACCAGGCCCCCCUGGAACACCUGGGCUUCAGGGAGCGCCUGGGAACAACGGUUUGCCAGGACAGCCUGGGCUGACUGCAGAGCUGGGAUCCUUGCCCAUUGAACAGCAUGUCCUUAAGAGCAUCUGCGGGGACUGUGUCCAGGGGCAGACGGCCCACCCGGCGGCCCUCCUGGAAAGUGGAGAGAAGGGAGACCAGGGCAACCCCGGCGUGCCAGGCCUUGACAGCUGCGCCCGGUGCUUCACGGAGCGGGAGCGGCCGAGGGCUGAGGAGGCCCGGGGAGACAACGGCGAGGGAGAUGCGGGCUGUGCAGGGAGCCCCGGCCUGCCCGGUGCUCCAGGACUGCCCGGCCAGAGAGGAGAAGAGGGUCCGCCCGGCAUGAGGGGCUCCCCGGGUCCUCCAGGCCCUAUUGGCCCCCCAGGUUUUCCUGGUGCUGUUGGCUCCCCCGGAUUGCCUGGUCUUCAAGGAGAGCGAGGCCUCAGGGGCCUGACGGGAGAGAAGGGGGAACCGGGUCCUCCAGGGCAACCUGGCUACCCAGGUGCCAUGGGCCCCCCAGGACUGCCUGGCAUCAAGGGGGAGCGCGGCUACGGGGGUUCCCCGGGAGAGAAGGGAGAAUCGGGCCCGCCAGGAUCUGAAGGCCUCCCAGGUCCCCCAGGCCCAGCAGGUCCCCGAGGAGAGCGAGGACCCCAAGGGAACUUGGGUGAGAAAGGUGACCAGGGAUUUCAAGGCCAGCCAGGCUUUCCAGGCCUACCGGGUCCCCCUGGAUUCCCAGGCAAAGCUGGAGCACCUGGCCCACCUGGCCCCCAAGCGGAGAAGGGCAGUGAAGGGAUUCGAGGUCCAUCAGGCCUGCCUGGUCCCCCUGGACCACCAGGAUCUCCCGGGAUUCAGGGCCCUGCCGGUCUGGAUGGUCUAGAUGGGAAGGACGGCAAGCCUGGCGUGAGGGGGGACCCUGGUCCUGCUGGCCCCCCCGGACUCAUGGGACCCCCGGGCUUCAAGGGAAAACCGGGCCAUCCCGGCCUCCCAGGACUGAAGGGUGACUGUGGAAAGCCUGGUCCCCCGGGCAGCAGUGGCCGCCCCGGAGCAGAGGGUGAGCCUGGUGCCAUGGGACCCCAGGGAAGACCCGGCCCCCCUGGCCACGUUGGGCCUCCGGGGUCUCCAGGCCAGCCAGGCCCAGCUGGAAUCUCUGCAGUGGGCCCGAAAGGAGACCGAGGAUCCACUGGAGAAAGGGGCCUUUCAGGUCUUCCGGGCCAGCCUGGUCCCCCUGGACACCCUGGCCCCCCGGGUGAACCUGGUGCAGAUGGUGAAGCUGGCAAAGAGGGACCCCCUGGAAAACAGGGAAUGUACGGACCCCCUGGUCCAAAGGGUGACCUGGGACCUUCAGGGCAGAAGGGCCAGGCAGGGGAGAAGGGAAGAGCUGGCAUGCCUGGUGGGCCUGGCAAGAGUGGCUCCAUGGGACCUUCUGGGCCGCCGGGUCCUGCAGGAGAGAGAGGCCACCCUGGAUCUCCGGGACCUGCGGGGAGCCCUGGUCUGCCCGGGGUGCCUGGCUCCAUGGGAGACAUGGUGAAUUAUGAUGAAAUCAAGAGGUUCAUCAGACAAGAGAUCAUUAAAAUGUUUGACGAGAGGAUGGCUUACUACACCUCCAGGAUGCAGUUUCCCAUGGAGAUGGCAGCAGCUCCGGGACGACCAGGGCCCCCAGGGAAGGAUGGUCCCCCGGGCCGGCCAGGUGCCCCGGGAUCACCUGGGCUCCCUGGUCAGAUUGGCAGAGAAGGUCGGCAGGGCUUGCCCGGGAUGAGAGGAUUGCCUGGUACCAAAGGUGAAAAGGGAGACACUGGUGUAGGCAUUGCAGGAGAAGUUGGUCUCCCCGGCCCCCCAGGUCCUCAAGGUCCUCCAGGAUAUGGCAAGAUGGGUGCAACUGGGCCGAUGGGCCAGCAAGGCAUUCCUGGCAUCCCUGGCGCCCCAGGCUCCAUGGGCCCACCGGGCAAGGCCGGCCACUGUAACCCCUCUGACUGCUUUGGGGCCAUGCCAAUGGAGCAAGAGUACCCACCCAUGAAAAACAUGAAGGGGCCUUUUGGCUGAAAUCACCAUUUCCAUCAGAUGAAGGACUCCAUUGGGAACAAAUGGCUAAAACUUAUAGGAUUCUGGAUGGGUUGUGAAUGUUUUGGGUUUUUAAUUGCUAUUAAUAUUUUUUUAUCAAUAAACAAAGAAACA